AUGGCGUUCGGUGUGACCUCACAAUGCCCGCCGCACCUGACUGGCCCCGGGUAUGGAAGCGGGCGGGGCUUCGGGGGCGUUCUCGCUGGUCAUUGGACGGGCCGCGCUGCCGGACCAAGGAGAGGCACUCAGUGUGUGCUGGUGGCAGAACAAUUGACGCCCCGCAUCAGCCCCACUCAGCGCCCCGCGAGCCCCAGUGCCGCGUGUCGGAUGGCAUCUAACUACAGAAAAGCUGGCUUGGGUGCUGCCCAGCGGAAGAAAAGUGGAUCGAAACCAGAACUAACUGAAGAACAAAAGCAGGAGAUCAGAGAAGCUUUUGAUUUGUUUGAUACUGAUGGAUCUGGAAGCAUUCAUGUAAAAGAACUGAAGGUAGCAAUGCGUGCUCUAGGCUUUGAGCCAAAGAAAGAAGAAGUUAAAAAAAUGAUAGCAGAUAUCGACAAAGAAGGAAGUGGCACCAUUGAUUUUGAAGACUUUUUGGCCAUGAUGACCCAAAAAAUGAAUGAGAAAGAUUCAAAAGAAGAAAUCUUGAAAGCCUUCAGAUUAUUUGAUGAUGAUGGGACAGGAAAGAUUUCUUUCAAAAAUUUAAAGAGAGUUGCCAAGGAGCUAGGAGAGAAUUUAACAGAUGAAGAAUUACAGGAAAUGAUUGAUGAAGCUGAUCGAGAUGGAGAUGGAGAAGUAAAUGAGCAAGAAUUUUUGAGAAUCAUGAAGAAGACAAGCCUAUAUUAA